GUACCUGACUGAAAGGUGAGCCACUUUAGUGGUACUGGUUAUCCCGAGUUGAACUCGAGAGUGGACCAAAGUUAUCUCGGUCAAAUUAUUUGCAUGAUCAAUCAUCCAUCUGCAGUGGCAGUACAGCAUUUACUGCGAUGCGGCCUCCACAGAUGUCAGAGCAAACGUACUUUUUAUGCUUCGCAGAGCUGCUGUGAAGGAAGUUGCCAAGGAAAUAUGGGACAUUCAAACAUGUUCCUAUAAUUGUCAUUCAUCAUUGGCAACAAUGAGUGGAGCACGUGACUCAUGUGUUACUUUGCUGCACAGUGCGAAUUGUUUCAAAUUUGAUAGAUCUUGGAAGGUGUGACUUGUGCGCUACUACUACCGUGUGCAGAAUGGGUCAAACGUGCUGUGGUCUCUCGUACUCCACCGCCGCUCCAGGCAAAGCGAAAUGGAAACCAACAGAAACACCCAAACGACUCCCUAUCCGCAGAUUUACCCGUGAGGAGCGAAGGUGUGACCGGUUUUACAGGAAUCGGAUAAAAACGAAGCAGUUGCCUUCGCCAGGCACAGGUCAACCAGAGGUAGGGCUGGUAAUCGGAUCUGGAAAUUCGGAAACCCUUCGUGGUAACGGGCGAGGGAAGUUGUUGAGAGGCCAGACUGAGUCGGAGGUAGUGGACCACACCACCCCGGUCGCCGAAUACCCAUCUGGAAUUCAUUGUGAAAAUAUUCAGGCUCUCGACUGUGACGCUGUGAGCAAGGGAGCGGCCGACUCGUCCUUCGAUGCGACGGGCUUGGAAACACGGUCCAGAGGAUUCGACAGAACUCGCUGCGCAGUUACGCAGCGCAGCGGCCCAGAAACAACGGGAGAAGACCAUGUCUGGAAUGCCCCGGCGAGGGCCAUGGAAAACAAACCAUUCGGAUUUGAUAAACAGGGUGGGGUUGCCUCGGAGGUCAGGGGGGAUUCGGGGGCUGUACAACCGGAUGGUUCAGUCCAUUGGCGCACAUCUGUCAAUGAGAAUUUAAGACGGACCCUGACUUCACUGAGCUUGCGUUUGGACGAACCUCUGACAAAUGGCGUGUCAGAACCGAUAGGGUAUGAUUUACUCCACACAGAGGUAGAAAUGACCAAAUCUAACUUUCUCACUGCUUCCCGUGAGCCCGAAGCUGUCAGGAAAAAUGAUCAAAACAGUUGUUCAGUUGAGUCGGGGAACCAGGAGGACCCUUCGAUCAACUCUCCAAUACAGCCACACGGACAGGUCCAAAGUCCACUAGGCAGCCAAAGUUUCCCCGGUACUAUCCCAAAGCUUAUUAUAACCAGAGAUCUAAGCCCCAGUUGGACCCAGGAAACACUAGAUCCAAGGACCAUGGGACUCGGAGUCGGUGGAUCAUCGCUGGGCCCACACGCCGAUGAUGAGUCCCCAUGCUCGGACAGUGGCUGCGGAGGCUCCCCGGCGCUAAUGCGCUUUCACAGAAAGCUCUCCAACUCGUCCUCUGCCGGCUGCUUGUCCUCCGCCUCGUCCUUUGAGGAGUCCGAGGAUGACUUCAACGGCAGCGACAUCGAGCCCAGCCUGUCCCCAGUCAUAGGCAACACGCUGGGCAGCCCAGACGAAAGCACGGGGACCAAGCAGUGGCAGAAGCUGAAAACUAUGGUGCACUGGUCUCCCUUCGUUGUGUCCUUUAAGAAGCGCUAUCCCUGGGUGCAGCUCGCCGGGCACGAAGGUAACUUCCAGGCGGGGGAGUAUGGGCGUUUGUUGAAGCGCUACUGUGAGUGUGAGCAGCUGUGCCUGUCGAAGCUGAUGGGGGACACUCUGCGGCCGUAUGUCCCUGGCUACUACGGCGUGGUGCAGAGGAACGAACAGGACUACAACCUUAUGGACGACCUCCUGGCUGACUUUGACUCUCCCUCCCUCAUGGACUGCAAGAUGGGCAGCAGGACUUACCUGGAGGAGGAGCUACUGAAGGCCAGGGAGCAUCCGCGGCUCCGCAGGGACAUGUAUGAGAAGAUGAUGGCCGUGGACCCCGGGGCCCCUACUGAUCAGGAGAGAGCCCAACAAGGCAUCCUGAAGCCCAGAUACAUGCAGUGGAGAGAAACCCUCAGCUCCACUGCCACUCUGGGCUUCCGCAUCGAGGGCAUCAAGAGAGCAGACGGGACGUGUAACACCAACUUUAAGAUGACCAAACACAGAGAGCAGGUCAUGCAGGCCCUGGGAGACUUUGUGGAUGGGAACAUUCAGAUCCUGAAACUCUACCUGCAACGUCUGAAAGAGCUGCGAUCCGUGCUGGAGAAAUCCCAGUUCUUCAGAACCCAUGAGGUGGUGGGCAGCUCCCUGCUGUUUGUGCAUGAUGCGUCGGGGCAGGCCUGUGUGUGGAUGAUAGACUUUGGCAAGACUGUGCCCCUGCCUGCCCUCCUCACCCUGGACCACCGGACGCCCUGGAUGGAGGGCAACCACGAGGAUGGCUACCUGUGGGGUCUGGACAAUCUCAUAGACAUUCUCAGUACCAUGCUCCCCCCCAGCCCUUGAGAGAGGGAGAGGGCCGUGUGAGAGAGAACAAAGGGUUGGCCUGGAAGAGGGAGAAAAAGAGGAUGGAGAGAACACUCUCAUCUUUGUCAGAGCAGAGGAUGUAGUUGGGGACGAACAGAUGGAACUGGUCAUUACGUAAACUAGAUGUGAGACUGGAGAGAUGAAGGGAAAGGACGAUGACCGCGAAAGAGAGCGAGGGAGCACACGGAGCAUGGUGGACAGAGUGAGGAAACCUGUCCACACAACCAGUGGUGUGUCAUCCCUCAUCAACUUCUCUCAUUAUAAGAGCUAUGACGUCAACUAUCACUGACACACACACACACACACACACACUACCUUCAUAUUAUCACAAGUAUGAUGAUAAUGUACUGGACGUUUCCAAUGGGAUAUAUCCUCAAGUGACCUUAGAGGAGCAAUGUUUUAUUUUCACUAUGGACCACUUGACUUUAUGCUUUUAAAACUAUUUUAUAUAUAUAUGUCAACACUAGAAACACUGGAAAAACAUGUAUAUUUUUUCAACUUUAUCCGGUGCUCAGCCUUUUAAUGUAAAUACAGUUGUAUUUCAUUUGUUUGCCUAAACAAAUAGCCUCUUUACUCUUUGUACUUUUUUUCCUGUGCCUAGAUAGUUUUUUGUUGUUUUUUUGAAUCAUUCCAAAGUUUGCUGGAGAGUUAACCCAAAGUAUGAACUGAUGUCUGUAACAUAUAUAUUUUUUUCUAUGGUGAAAACUGGAGGCUGUUGUUGAUUAGUCUGACCCGCGUGGUGUCUGAUUGGCGGAGUUGAACCAGCAGAUAAACUAACAAGUGAUUCCCAACCAGGGGUACUAGGACCCCUGGGUGUACUUGGUCUAUCCACAGGGGGUACUUGAGAAGACUCAGGAGACCAUAGGACUACUGGUAAAAUGCACACGAGGGGGUACUUCAGGGGUACUCUGGGCAGAGCAACGUUAAGUUGGUGGUACGGUAACCUGAAAAAGGUUGGGAACCACUGAACUAACAGAUGGGAUAAAUGUUUUUUCUUCUUUAAUUUCCCUCCUAGUGGGCACAUGCCUUGGUGGUCACGAUAACUAGACUGUAUUGCACAAAUGGGUACCUCACAAAAGCCAUUGAACAAAACUAGUCCUGCCUGUGUGUCCCUGAAUAUGGAUUCACUCUGGUGUCCCAGGUUCUUUUAAAAGCAAACCAUUUUCUGGUGAGUGGCAGUUAACUCAUCUGUAUUAUUGUGAUCAUUAUAAUAUAAUAAUAUAUGCCAUUUAGCAGACGCUUUUAUCCAAAGCGACUUACAGUCAUGUGUGCAUACAUUCUACGUAUGGGUGGUCCCGGGAAUCGAACCCACUACCCUGGCGUUACAAGCGCCAUGCUCUACUUUAGUUCAAUGAUACUUACUUUUUCUGAGAUGGGUAACGAUUUGCCUGACAACUGAAAUUACUAGUUGAACAAGUCACCUGAAACUGGAAUGAAUGAGCUACUGAUUCUUAUGACGCGUUCAUCCACACGUCAGACUUUAAUGUGAAUCUGAUUGAAUAUAGAAUCAUUGCUCUCAAAGACGACAUUGUGGUGACUAUUUUUUUUUCUUCUUCUAAUUGAAGGCGGGUUCUGCAUCUGCCUUUGUUUUGGUACACUUUUUUCUUUCGAGAUAAUGUUGGUUUAACACUGCCAUUCCUCUAAGUUUAGAUAUAAAUAUGCAAACACAAACUCACACAUAAUGACAGUUGUCAGUUUAAAAAAAAAUGUUUUAUGCGUUUCUGCCGGUGACUGUAUUUGACACCUUUUUCUGAACGGUGUCAGGUCUUGUGUCUCUGGAUUUGUAGAUCUGUCAGGCAACAUUCCCAUCCGAGUCUCACUCCAUGUUCUUCAGCAGAGUCCGACAACACAGUUUGUGUGUUUGUGGCGUGAGCAGAUUUCUCUAGCGAGGAAAUAGAGGGGUUCUGUGUGUGACCGAUUAUGUGACUGUCAGCAUUGACAUCGCGGAACUGGAAUCCUGUUUCUACUGUUGACAUCUCUCAAAUAUUCCACACCAUAAAAAGCACACAUUCUGGAAGUAUAUAUAUAUAUAUUCUGGAACGAUGUAUUGUUUACAAAGUAUGUCUUUACGUACCAUGUAUCCUCUUCUUGAUCUUAACCUGACUGUUACCAGCUUUCGGACUGCUUGGGUUGUUGUGUGUGGCUGAGAGCUGGACUGUGUAUUAAGGGUAGGCCUAAGAUGUAUAUUUUAUACUUUUGGUUAAGCCCUUCCGCUGUGCUGUACUUCAGGAGACCGUGCAUUACAAGAUGCUGGGGCACAACAAAUAUGAAUGUUAUGAGGAUUGAGAUGGGUCCUUGCUCUCUUUGUCUAGAAUACCAUUGAUUGCAAUAAACUGGAACUAAGCUCAAGUCUUUCUAA